AUAAACAGAAAUGGGUUAGCUAAUUAGGCUGCUCUGCAACCUGCAUUAUUUUUCUAUGAUACAAUGAUAUAAUACUAAAAAUUGAGUUCUGUUGAAAGAAAUUUGGAUGGAGUGAGUAUGGGAGACAAAGUUUGUGUUUGGAUCUGCAGAAUUACAUGGAAAAGAAAGAUAACUAACUAUCUGCAAAAUUUAUUAGAACUGAAAGCUCUCUUUCUCAUCAGUAUGUAUGAUGCAAUUUUGUGUGGGUAUGGGAGGCAAAGGUUGUGCUUGUAUCUGUAUAUUUACAUUGAAAAGAAAGAGUACUAUCUGCAAAGUUUAUUAGAACAGAGAACUCUUCCUCAUGAGUAUUUAUGAUGCAAUUAUGUGGCAGGUUUGCACUCAGAGAUCAUGGAAGCGCCCCUAUGGAGUUGGUCUUCUGGUAGCUGGAUUAGAUGAAUCAGGGGCUCACCUCUAUUACAACUGCCCAAGCGGAAACUACUUCGAAUACCAGGCUUUUGCAAUUGGUUCACGCUCACAAGCUGCAAAGACAUAUUUGGAACGCAGGUUUAACAACUUCACAGCCUCCUCCCGGGAAGAUCUAAUCAAAGAUGCACUCAUCGCAACUAGGGAGUCAUUGCAAGGUGAAAAGCUCAGAAGCUCCGUAUGCACCAUUGCUGUGGUUGGAGUUGGUGAGCCAUUCCACAUUUUGGAUCAGGAAACCGUUCAACAGUUGAUUGAUACUUUUGAGAUUGUGAGGGAGGAAGAAACUGCACCUGCUGAACCUGAGGUAGCAACUGAGCAGGAUGCUGCCCCAGAUCAGGCUCCUGGUGCUGAUCAAGGUGGUGCCGAACCCCAAGGUGGUGCUGAACCCCAAGGUGGUUCUCCAAUGGACAUUUGAUGAUCUAAGAUCCAGUACUUGAGUUGUUAAAAACUGUUAUUUAAAAAAUGAAUAGGUUUCAUGUUGAACAUGUUACGGAAGGAGACAUCUCUUUGAUGAAUUUUUCUUUGCUUAAUCUUCUUUGUCUUUGAAAUUCAUCCAUGGCUCAUCAUUGUGAACGUUGUAGUAGCUGCACUGCAUUUGAUGAACUUGAACACAGUAUUUUCAAUAUUCUCUAUGAUACAAUUUACUGACAUUCAGGAUAUAAAAUGUUGGGUAAAGUGGGUUUAGUCUAAUGCGUUGCAAAUAUAUGUUAUGAAAAAAAUGAGUAUCCUUUAGUACA